AUGCCGGCCGUCGAAUUCCCUGUCACGACUUCAGAACCCGGUCUCGUCAAAAUGGAAGACCGGAAGAGGCCCGCCGCCGACAAUGACUCGGCCCCGCCUUUAAAGAAACAGGCUACCACCGCAAAUGGCGGUAGCAAGCCACACCCGGACGCUGAUAUGCCAUGGAAAGAUGAAUUGGAGAAAUUCCAAAAGGAAGCGAUAUUUCGCCAAAUGCAAGAGUAUAAGCGGGAGAAGUCGUCACUGGAAUCGCGUUUGAGUAAAAUGUCCAAAGCUGCCACGUUUCACAAUGAUCACCUGCGUGUUAUCGAUACUUGGUUCAAACAGUUGAUUGAUGAAGUAAAAGUACUUCUCGGGCCAUCGCAAGCCGAAGAUCAAGAACAACACUUUCAAAGUUCCCUACAAUUUGAAGAUGUGGAGACUUUUGAGACGCACUUGAAAUCGCGAUCGGAAGACAUUCGCACGAUAAUUUCGCAAGUCCAAUCCAAAUCGAGAGAUGCGCCACCCGAGAUUUCGGAAGUUCAGAGUCGCCUUGCAAAGAAGCUGGCAGAGGAAAAGGUUGCGAUUGCAGAGCUUGAAAAGACUCUCGUGGAAAAGCAACAGUUGGAGGAAAGCCUUGAGGCUGCUUCGCUGCGGUAUCUAGUGGCUGAAAAGAAACUUGACCGUGCGAAGAGUGUGACUGUUCUGAAGCUUGAAAAACAACAACUUAUGGCUGCCCGCCCUGGCGAUGCGACACAAACAAAGCGUGAAGAAAACUCGCCCGCAAACGGAGGGACUCCCGUGGGGGAGCCCAACCCCGAACUCGAGGAAGCUCAUAAUAAGCUGACGGCGGUGUCGGAAAAACAAAAGGAGCAAGUUCAAAAGCUAGAGGCUGAGAACGCGUCCUUGCUUAGCCAAAUUACCGAAAUCAAGAUCAAGUAUUCCAAACUCACGGAUGACGACUACGCACACACGGACCUUUUCAAGCAACUACGAUCUCAAUAUGACGAUGUUGUCAAGCGCAUCAAUCAUUUGGAAGCAACGAAUACUCAGCUUCGUGAGGAAGCCGAAAAGUAUCGCACCGAAAGAACUGCAUACAAAAUGCAAAUGGAGGAUGAAAUUCAUAACACCGUCGCGGAGAAGGAAGCUCAGCUGAUGAGAGCGGAAACGGACCUUGCUCGGAUACGAAACGCUCGCGAUGAGCUCCUAGCCGAUCAGCAGAUGCGAAAGGCCGCCCAGGAUCAGGAAAAGACCUCUGGGUUGAAGCUACAAGAGCUGGCGGAUGCUCGGGAGGCCCGAAUUACAGCUCUCGAGUCGGAGGCUAAGAGGUUACAGUUGCAGAUCGAAGGUUCCAAGGCUGACGAAAAUGUGGAGACAAUGCCGCUGGAAGAACUUCGAGCGAAAUACACCAGUCUCGAACGCCAAUAUGCCAUGCUCAAUACUGAGUUGACCUCGAUGCAGACGGCCUACACAAAGUUUGCCAAGCUGGCGUCCUCGAAAGUUACCGAUUUCCAGGCUAUGGAGGAGAAGAUUGCGCGCCUCACUGCGGAAAAGUCCAAGGCCGAUCAGAAAUUCUUCGCAGCAAUGAAAAGCAAAGAAGCACGCGAUGUCGAAGUUCGCACCCUCCGAAUGCAGAAUUCAAAAACGUCGGAUAUUGUGUCACAGUUGAAGGAGGCUGAAGCUUCCACGCGAUCAUUGGUCUCCAACAUGGACAAGAAAAUCAAUGAAUCAAAGGAGGCACUAGACAAAGCUCUCAGCAAGCAACACAAGAUCCAGCAACAGUUGACCGAAAGCGACAUCCUUACGAAUGGGUUGAAGCAGCAGGUGGCUGAGCUCAAAGAUAUCUCCGUCUCCAAGGAUUCGACAUUGGGAAGCACCAACUCUUCCUUGCGACAGGCUGAAACCGAGAUUGCUGGUCUCAAGCAGUCUCUUACGGAUACCAAGAAGAGCCUGGACAACUGGAAGAACAAGAGUCUUGGCAAUUCGUCCUCGGAAUAUGAAAUGUUAAGGACAAUCGCCAUUUGCACCGUCUGUCGCAAAAACUUCAAGAACACGGCUAUCAAAACAUGCGGUCACGUCUUCUGCCGAGAAUGCGUGGACGAACGUCAGUCAUCCCGGUCUCGAAAGUGCCCCAACUGCGGCAAAUCGUUCGGAAGCAACGACUACAUGCACAUCACCCUCUAA